GCAAGCGUAUUGUUUCCUUCAACUUUCCCGCGUUUAUUUCGUGACAGGAGUGCGCGGUGGUGGUCGGUGCUGCCGAUUAGUGACUAUUACCUGGAGUGAUUAUCGAUCGUUAUACAUACCCGAGGCUUCAUAUUAAUGUGCUGGGAUUACUGACUCAAGUAAAAUGGAGGAAAGUCCAACUGGUAGUCCCAGACUGUAUAGUAGCUACACCUUCCUGAGAUAUGUCAUGGUCUUCAUCAACACUAUGAUAUGUUUCUUCGGCUUAGUCCUUGUAGGACUAGGACUGUGGACUAGGUACAGCACUGACUCCAUGGUGAACACUCUAGGAAGCCAAUCCGUACACUUUCGGAACCUGAGCUUGUUCUGCAUUGCAGCAGGAACUGUUAUGUGCAUUCUGGGAUUUUUGGGCUGUUUUGGAGCACUCAAGAAGAACCGUUCCCUACUGCUAAUUUUUCUGCUGAUAAUGCUUCUCCUGUUUAUCUCUGAGAUGGUAGCAGCUGCUCUGCUUCUGGGUUUCACUGAUGUGGCUGAGAGCAUUGUAAAAGACAAAGGUCUGCAGUUCCUCAAGGAGUCCUAUUAUGAGAGUAAUGACAAAGGACUAGUGGAUGAAGGCUUGGAUUCUGUUAUGCAAAAGUUUAACUGCUGUGGAUUUUUCGGUUAUGAAGAUUUCGUCAACUCAACUUUCUCUAUGAAAACUGGAUUAAAGUAUCCCAAGCCAUGCUGCAAAGAUCCUGAACUGAGUGUUUGCAAUGGCUUAACAACAUCUGAUCAAGUUAUCUAUACAAAGGGCUGUUUUCUCGCCAUUCUUGAACAAGUGAAAAAGAACAGCAUGGCCCUAGGGAUAGCAGCAGCUGUUAUAACAGGUUGGGAGCUGUCGUCCAUCAUUAUCGCCUUGAUGUUAUUCGUCAAGCUGGGAUAGCGCCUGGUGCCCGCUGGGACAUUACCUAUUCACGUCGCAGUGUCCCAGUGAGUAAUCGACAAUGCUGACAUACAGCGCCAAUGUUUUUCCUCCUCGGGAUCCUUUCUUGAACGGUUCAUUUAAUAAGCGCAAGAUUUGUGCGUUCGCUUUGUUACGUUUUUUAUUAUUACCUUUUAUCAAAUAUUGUAUUUGCAUUGUUAGGAUGGAAAAUAGUACUUGUAUUGUGUCUCCGGAGGAUGCCGAUUUACACCGCAUCCACUUUCAGAAAUAAGGCAAUUAGAUGCAAUAGAAAAUCAUUCACAAGCAGCUCUCCUUAGGGCUCAGCCCAUGAUUAUAAUUCUUCUCCUCACAGGCCCUCCAUCGUGGAAAACAAUAUGGAGCUGACUGUAUUAUGUCCUCACACUGAGCCAUUCUCUCCUGUUCAUUUCUUCUAAUGAGUCUCCCUCCAGCCUCAUCCUACAUUGUACCUCGCACAAUAGCCGGACGCGCUAACAGUAAUUAUGAGGUGAACGGCAACAGCAAUGGGCGAAUGAUUGCUGCCCGCUUAUCACAGGAACAAUGCCCACAACAGAGGCAAUUUGGGGGAACUGAUGCCAAAGAAAAAUGCUAGCAGCCCGGAUAUUAGGGCUAGUGCAGUCUAUGAAAUGGUUGGUUGCUAUGGGCAUCGCCAUUGCUUUUUUUCUAACAUGUAUUCCGCUAUGUAUCCAUACAUAUGCAGAAUAUUUUGUCAAAUUCUGCUUGUAGUUCCCAAAUUUGAACACUAGAGUGUGCUAGAAGACUUAUAGAGAGACAUAUUAGAGGGUUCUCAUAAAUCAACUACAUUACUUUAAAGCAGUUUCCCAACAAGUGUGCUUCCUACUGUUGCAAAACUACAACUCCCAGCAUGCCCAGACAGCCGUUGAGAGUUGUAGUUUUGCAACAACCGGAGGCACCCUGGUUGGGAAGCACUGCAUUAAAGAAACAGACCUUUUUAUAUAAACAGUACAACAUUGCAAAUCUAACCAAAACAAUGCCAUGGCUGAAAUUCGGGCAUGCUGGGAGUUGUAGUUUUUCAACAGUCAGAGGCACCCUGGUUGAGAAACACUGCAUUAAAGAAACAGACCUUUGUAUAUAAACAUGGCAAAUGUGACCAAAAUAAUGCCGUGACUGGCGCAAUGUAGUCUAGAAAGAUUACACAUUCUGUUCAUUGCUAUUGCUGUUUCCAAACUGUGGACCUCCAGGUGUUGCAAAACUACAACUCCUAGAUCACUGCUUUAGGGCAGUGUUUCCGAAUCAGUGUGCCCCCAGCUGUUGCAAAACUACAUCCCCCAGAAUUCUGGGAGUUGUAGUUUUGCAACAUCUGGAGGCAAACUGGUUAGGAAACACUGCCUUAGGCCAUGUUCACAUGGCAGAAUUUCUGGGCGGACAUUACACAGACGGUGGGCGCCAGCAGAACAUGCCGGCGCUAGGACCGCUUGGAAAUGAGCCACCUCUAUAGAUGGCAAUGCAUUUCCGAGUGAAUUCCGGAGAAAGUCAAGGAAAGACAAAUCGAUUCUUUCUGUGGAUGCCGGAUUCGAAAUUUUUGCAGAAUUCUGCACAGAAAUUCCGCUGUCUGAACAUGGCCUUAUCGUUGCCCACAUGUCCUUUCACAGAAACUUGUAUGUAUGAUAAACAUUCCUGUAAUUGAAAAAGCUCUCUGAGUGAAAAUGUUUUUUUACUUACCAGCAGUGUUAUUCUUUGUGGACCAAUGGGUUCUAUCCUUUUAAUAUGAAUUAUAAAGAGUUAUGUUUUCAAUAUGCA